AUGUUUAUUAGAAUGGAGCCAAUACCAAAACUUCUAGCUGGACUUAUUUUGUUGACAUUGUGUGUGGUGAGCUGCUCCAGCCAGCACUGGUCCUACGGAUUGCGCCCUGGAGGAAAAAGAAAUGCAGAAAAUUUGAUUGACUCGUUUCAAGAGAAUCACAUUCUUUUACUUCAGAGAGCCAAAGAGGUUGAUCAGCUAGCAGAACCUCAGCACUUCGAAUGCACCCUUCACCAACCACCUUCUGCCCUCAGGGAGCUGAAAGGAGCGCUGGAAAGUCUGAUUGAAGAGGAAACUGGGCAGAAGAAGAUUUAAAUCCACUGGUCCAAAAGGAAUGACAACACAAGUAUAAUUCUGACUUUGAAAUCUGUGACCCAUUUAAUAUCUGUAAAUUGUGUGAAUUUCAGAAAUUCUUAUGCCAAGGUGCAUGUAUUUCAUAAUGAAGUAGUGUGAAUAAAGUGGCAUAAAUGUUAACGAA